UGUUCAUUUUUAUUCGGCGUCCGUUUUUUCAGCCUUUUUUUAGCGUUUUUGUUAGAAAUGGGGAAGUACAAACGAGAUUUACCUUCCCCAUCAUCGGAUGAAGAAAAAAUCUACCUACGGCGAAAGAUUAAAUCUUUCCGUCGGCGAUUACGUAAUCGCGAGUGGCGUGGUUCUCGAUCAACGAGAUUUUCUCUUUCGGAGACGACGUCUUCAUCGUCCGGGUCCCGAUCGGAAUCUCCAGAACUCGAAAGACCCCCCAUCUUUCCCACUCACACGACAGCCGUCGAAUGCUCUUCAGUUAAUUCUGAAGUCAUAGUUGAGCCCCUCGAAACGGAUUUAGACCAAAGUGUCCUCCAAGCUCUGGGGUCCAUAGUCCCAACACAAAGUUCGAUGGGCCAGCCGCUUCAUGACAUUUUGGUAGGGCAGAUUAAUACCUUUUUAAAGUCCGGUGUAUCAGAAGAUUGUCUCAGUGACCUUUUGCAUAAAUAUCCAGUGCCGAAGAAUUGCCCCCUCAUUGAUCCUCCAAAAUUGAAUGUGGAGAUGAAGUCUGCCAUCAACGAAGGUGGCAAGAAAAGGGAUGAGAGACUGAUGGCAAGACAGAAGGAAGUAGGGGUUGCUUUGACGGCUGUUGCUAGGGCACUCUCGACCUUGCUUUUCAAACCGGUUAAGGAUGAGGAGUUCUUACUCCUCAUCGAAACCUUGAGUAAUGCGAUAUGUAUUUUAAGCAAAAUACACCAUUCGGAUUCCAUGUAUAGAAGAUCGGCUGUGUUAAGCCUUUCGCUGGGCCCAAAUGGACUGCAGCCAUGCAUGAAGGAGGCGCUCGUUGAUGCUUCUUUGGACUGUUUCUUAUUUGGAGAAGAUUUGUCUGACAGGCUGAAAUCAGCAAAAGCCAUUGGUAGAUCAGUGGCAGAUUUGAGAGCAGGUGCAUCCAGAACAAGACCAUUACAGCAUAGGGAUUUAAACUCGACAGGCCCACUUCGUUCUCGGAAGAUCCAAGGCCAAAGUGGGCGAAAGUCAUCAUACCCUCAAAAGAGGGAAUCCAGGAAGGUUCGAGAAGAGAGGGGGAGGAAGUAUGUCCCCAGAAGAAAAUAGAGAGCUCACCCUUUGUGGAAAUCCCUUACCCUGGCUGCAGGGAUUUUGUCAUGCAAGCAUUCCGCCUGAGGAAUAUUCCAGAAGAUUCGCUGGAUAUUUUCCUAUCAUCUGUUCGGAGCGCUACUUUGAGGCAAUAUAAUAAUGCAUUUAAACUUUGGUGGAGCUUCUGGAGGGGAGUGGAUUGUUAUUCCUUCUCACCUAUUGCUGUAUUAGAUUUCCUUACUAUGCAUUAUAAACAAGGCAAGUCCUAUGGCUCAUUGAGUUCUUUCAGGGCGGCUCUUGGCCUUAUUUUUGGAUCAGAAUUAACUAACAAUGCAAAUCUAACAAGGUUUUUUAA